AUGUCUCCUCGAAUGGUGACGAAACGUUUGCAAACCAAUGGCCAAGCUCUGCGAACAGAUCAACAGCCACCUGAUCAAUUACCAACUGUGAUAUGUAUUCCAACUUACUCUCUUAGGAUCACUUCUAGCUUGUCUUCCAGGGAAGAGUUCAAAAGACAGCUGAAAAUAUUCGCUUUUGACUAUGAUCAUCCCUGCAUUUUGAAAAAUCGUCAAUGGAACCCGACCAUGUGGCGUGUGGCUAUGGAGUUGGCCGCGUAUGCUUUUGAGCGUACCGAACUGCUUGUGUCAUUGCGCAAAUCGCGACCCACCCAGGAGAAGAGGAGUACUCUAAAGUUUUACUGUGUACAAGCGAUCGGUUACGGGGACACUGGUUCUUCCAGUGGCCAGGCUUGCCACACAUGUAGCACCGGCUGGUACGAGCGUGCCUCCGCGAUUCCGUCUUCACGGCUGCCAGCUGUUCGCAUCCCUGUUCUCCUGCGACUGCAACGUGGCCAGUGGUUCCUGGGGCAGCUCCCGGGCCAGACUCACCAGCUCCUCCACACUCAACUGGCCGGUUGCUCGUGCCAACCGCAACCGGGCACCAAGCGCAGGCUGCACACCUUCGACGAACUGGUCAGACAGCAACUGGUGUCGCGACACUCCGUCCAGCGUAGGCAAAGCGCAAUUCAGCAACUGCUGCAGGCCGGCGAAGAACACGGUCGGGUCAGAUCCGGGUGCCAUCCUGGCCUUCUUGAACCGCCUAAUAGCUCCCUGGCGGUCGACCGGCGUAUCGAACUCCGCUUCAAGGAUUUCCUUCGCGGCGGACCAGUCCAUCAUCCGAGGGCCUCUUCUGGCCGCAUCCAGGGCCGCCUUCGCCUGGCCCUUGAGGAGGGUCUUCAGCGCCGCCAAAUUACCCUGGUCGGUCUCCAGCCCGGCAGGUACCGCCACCUCCUCAAAGUGCUUCAGGAAGGUCCGAAAAUCCCCAUCCUGAAAGGGUUGCGGCCGCGGGAUCUUCAUCCUUAUCCUGGUCACGGCACCAAAUGA